UUGAAAGUGCAAAUCAAAGUUGGUUUGAAGAGGCUGAAUCACAUUUAACCAUAAGUAGCAAACGUGCUGCAAUUGUCCGAAGUUUUGGUUUAACACAAAACACAUCAAAUGGAAAUUAUAUGCUUGUAAUAGGUUUAAUGGACUUAAAUUUAAGAGAAUUUUUACAACAGAAUCAUAAUCAACUUACAUGGAAGGAAAAAAUCAAUAUUACUUUUGAAAUAAUUAGGGCACUUUAUAUUAUUCAUUUUGAAAAUGCGAUUCAUAGAGAUUUGCAUUCAGGAAAUAUAUUGUACUCACAAAUUAGUGAUGGAUGGUUUAUUAGUGAUCUUGGAUUUUGUGGACCUGCUGAUAAAUCAUCAAAAUGUAUAUAUGGAAAUCUUCCUUACAUAGCACCUGAAUUUAUUAAUGGAAAAGAAUAUACUUUUAAAUCUGAUAUUUAUAGUAUUGCAAUGCUUAUGUGGGAAAUUUCAUCACAACAACCACCAUUUAUUAAUCAUGAACAUGAUUACAAUCUUGCAAUGAAUAUUAUUAAUGGCAUUAGACCAAGAAUAGUACCAGGAAUUCCUGUUGAAUAUAAAAAUUUAAUGGAAGAAUGUUGGGAUGCAGAUCCAUCAAAAAGACCUGAUACUACUACACUUAUAAUAAGAAUAAGAGAAAUGAAUUUUUAUUAUCAAAGUAUGACAGAUGAAUCAUUUCAACCAGAAACUUGUAAUAAUUUGGAGUUAAAUGAAGCAAAUAACAUAACAAGUAAUACAGAUCACAGAUCAUUUACAAGUAAAAUUCAUCAAUUUGAAAAUCUACCUGAACCAAGAAAUGCAACAGAAGGUAUUGUUUUUGAUACAUAUUGCUUUUAUUAUUUAAAUAAAUAA